AUAAGAUUUGAUAGCAUUUACUUAUAUUUUGUUAGGUAUAAUGACGGCGUAUCUAGUAAUUAUUAAUAUGAUUAUAAUUUUGUUAUCGGACUUACAUACAAGGCUAAUUCCAGUGUAUCAACAUCUUACUACACAGAUGCUUUAAAUCGUUGCUCUUAUGUGGUGCCGUGUUAAUUGUGUAACUAAUAAACAAUAAAUAAAUCGGCCAUAUUUAAUAAGUAUGGAUCCGAAUAAUAGAAGUUUGCAAAAAUCGAGGCAUUCUCUCGAUAGUGCUUUAGUGUCUAAAAAUGUUUCUGGAAUGUGGCGCCCUUCUUCAAUUGCAAACAUUGCGAGUGAUUACCUUAAAAGACCGGACCAAGUGCUGGAUUCCGUACCUGUGAACAAAAUUAUCAACGGUACUGUUACCAAUAAUAUUCAAAGUAACAGCAAUAGCAGCAAUAGUGGUAACGGUCCACAGACAAGUAAUCAUGUGAAUAAUGAGCAGCGAAGUCCAGUAACACCGACAGAGCUGCCUACACCCCCUCAGACACCCACUGAUGAGAAGCAAAAAACUGAACGGAAGUUCUCUCUAAGACUGGACAAAAACCUACGAAAUACAGUUGUCAAUGUGGUCAUUGUGGAAGCAAAAGGACUUCCAGAUAAGCCUCAAGAUGGCGCUUCACACGCAGUCUACUGCAAAUUCCGUUUGGGUUCUCAAUCAUACAAAUCUAAAGCAGUUCCCGCCACACGGCAACCACAAUGGCGGGAAAGUUUCAGGCUACAUCUACGCAACGAUCAGCUAUUGACAAUAUCUUUAUGGGAUAAAGGGAAACAGAAGAAUUUUAUGGGCAGUUGUGUUCUAGACCUAUCGACUCGGGAGAGGGAGCGAACACAUGACAUCUGGCAGGAUUUGGAUGGAGGCUACGGUUCGGUACAUUUGUCAGUUACACUGUGUACUACACGCAGCAUACAGGACCCUAUCCAACCGACUACAAGCAAUGAACCAAAUGUAGAAGAACUACGAUCGAAAUAUGCGUUUUAUAACUUGACGCCAGACACAAGUAUCGUUGGCCAGUUACACGUAAAAGUGAUUGGAGCCAAGGGAUUGUAUGGCAAGCCGAAUGCGUACUGCACCUUGGAAUUGGACAAUGAGAAAGUGCAAACUCCGUCAGUCAGUUCUAGUGCAGAACCUGUUUGGAAUAAAACCUACGUGUUUAAUAUUUACGACGUGGCAUCGACAUUUGAACUGAAGGUAUAUGAUCGCUCCAUAAAUUCGUUGCUGUACGAUUUUCUGGGGAGAGUGAUUAUACCAUUGCUCAGGAUAAACAAUGGCGAAGCUUGCUGGUACGCACUCAAGGACAGCUGUAAGAAGAAGGGGGCGCGGGGUAACUGUCCUAGAGUGCGGUUGGAAAUGAACAUAUUUUGGAAUCCUGUGAUUGCUUCGUUGAAACUGUUUCGUCCGAAACAGGUGAAGUACAUUACGAAGCCGCCAAAGUUCGAUAUACCACUGAUUUACAAGAACUGCAAGUUUAUUAGGGAUACAUUUGAUGCUCUCUUUAUCUUUAAUGAAUAUUUUAAGGUAUUUCUAGAAUGGGACGAUCGGGAACUAUCGACGACUAUACUUUGUUCCUGGUUGAUAUUCUGGUAUUAUUUUGAUCCGUGGAUGACGCCGUUACUAAUUGCCGCCCUGUUUCCAGUCAUAUGGUUUAUUGAUCACAAACUACAUCAAGAAUCGAAACUUCCAAAUGACGAAGGUCCUAAAGACUGGAAUACAGGGGAUGAUGGACAAGGUGGGGAGUCCGUGUCAGAUAAAAUUAAAGGUCUACCAGAAAUGACACUCACAAUAACAGCGGGUAUAGAAUAUAUGGUCUCAGUGGCUGAAAGAUUGUAUAAUUUGGCAACAUUCAAGGUCCCGUUCCUAACUAUUUUGUCGAUGAUACUGUUAGCCAUAAAUUCAGCGCUGCUCUACUUUGUUCCCUAUAAGUACCUUAUGAUGGGAUUUGGGAUAUACAAAUAUGGGAGAAAACGUUUGAAUCCAGAUCGAAUAUUGAAUAACGACUUAUUGGACUUUAUUUCAAGAAUACCUGACAACAAAAUACUGAGAGAUUGGAAACAAUUGAGUGUGCCAGAACCUCAAAAUAAUAAAAGUUUGACAAGUACAUCGUCAGGGAAAAGUUCAACAUGACACGAAGCUUAGUUAUAAGUAAAUAUACGAGUAGAUAUCCUAGUCCAGGGCCAUAUUUAAUAAGGAAUGCUAGGGAACUGUAGUCAAAUAUUUCUAGUGCCAAAUAAACUAAAAUAAAAAUUAGAAUAGUUUUAUAAGUGAUUUCUAUCAUAUAUUUAUUUUUAAAUAAAAACAAUUUUGUAUAUAAGAGAAUAUAUAAUUAUUCAUUGUUUCAUUCUUAAAAUUAAACAUCACAAUUUCAUUGCUAACCUAAAUUCUUAUUACGAGGUAUUUGUAUUUUGCAUACCUACUAUUUAUUGUACAAUGAUCAUUAUUACAAUAACGAUAAGGUAUAUUAUUGUACAAUACAUUGAUAAAAUUAUCACGUUUGUCUUAAAAUCGUUAGGAAAAUGACAAACGUAACCUAUAAACUAAUUUAUCAGACAAAUCCGCAAACCACUUUAUAAAUAAAUAUAAAAAAAUAUUUCUUAAAUGAAAUAAUUUUAAAAAUGCGGCUGCGAAUCUAAAUGCUCAUUAGUCUAUUGGCAAAAUUAUUAUUAGUAUCACCUAUGAGAUUAAAUAAAAUUAUAAAUAAUUUGAGCAAUCAAUGCAAUCACGUAGUUUUAUUGCACAACUUUGUGCAAGGCGGUAGCAGUCGGGGCUGUGAGACUUCAUAGCUCCGGAGCUGACAGGAGCUGAUAGGAGCGAACUGGUGCAGACAACGAAGAGCUCUUAGGAGCUAAAGCCCGCGCCACACUACAUCAUUACGGGUAGGUAACGUAGCGUGCAGUGCGCCUUUCCUCUCCUUAUUUAUCGCCUCUUCGAGUAUGUUCUGUUGAAGUUGUUCUCCGGGACUCUCAGUUCUCGCCAUUGUUUCUGUUAAUAAAAUUUAUAUUUGGAUAAAUGCACUAUAUAUGCGUAUAA